AUGUACGCAGUUCUAGCAACCGUGUUGCUUAUUACUACCGUAUCUUCGCAACAUCAAUACCCAUAUGUUCAAUAUCCUUACGCCCCUUGUGUGCUAACGUGCGCACGAGAACCAGCUUUUCGAAUACACAUUGAUAAUGUUAUGAAAACGACAUCGUGUAACAUUAAAAAUUCGACCAUUGAAACCUGUAAUAAUUGUUGCGGUUUAUAUGCGAUAUCAAUUGGCAAAAAACCAGUUGAUAUUGCUGCUUAUCAGGAUGAAGAAGGGAUUUGCAACUGUUGCUUACCAUGCAUUUACUAA